UCUCACGCGCCGCCAUAUACUUACAGCUUUGUCGUCCCGCUUGGCUUUAUUCACCUGUCUGUAGUCUUCAAUACUCUUUAUCCAAGAUCCGGUAAUGGACGAUACCUAUAGCGACCCGGCCAUUGAGCCCAUGAAUGAUUCCGCACCUUUGCCAGAUAAUGACAAGAUCAUGUCGGAUGUCGAACAAGACCCGCAACCCAUUUCUGUGCGCGAUCAUACCGAAAUCGCAAAUAAGGUAUUGCCAGAUCUGGAUCUUGAGGUUGAGACUUUCGAUGUUUUCCAUUGGGAAAUCUUAGAUUGGCGUGGAUUGGAGAAGCGAACACAUAGUCCUGAAUUCGAAAUCGGUGGCUACAAGUGGAAAAUUUUGAUGUUCCCUCAUGGUAACAACCAGACUGAGUAUACAUCUAUCUACUUGGAAUUCUCGGACCAAUCCGCUCAGCCUCAAGGCUGGCAUGUCUGUGCACAAUUUGCGCUUUUGAUAUCUAAUCCAAAUGAUCCUACCGAAUAUGCCUUCCAUAAUGCUCAACAUCGAUUUACUGCUGAGGAGGCAGACUGGGGAUUUACCCGAUUUCAUGAGGUUCGAAAGCUGACGUCGAUCGAUGAUCACCGUGCCCAUCCACUUGUUCAGGAUAAUCGCACCAUUAUUACGGCUAUUGUCCGGGUGAUGAAAGACCCCACUGGUGUCUUGUGGCAUAGCUUUGUAAACUAUGACUCAAAGAAGACAACAGGUUUUGUCGGCCUGAAGAAUCAAGGUGCAACAUGUUAUAUGAAUUCUCUUUUCCAGUCACUUUAUUGCACGAACUAUUUUCGGAAAGUUGUUUAUCAAAUACCAACCGAAAAUGAUGAACCAACCAAAAGCGUUGCGCUGGCUUUGCAAAGAGUUUUCUAUAAUCUGCAAUAUUCAGAUUCACCAGUUGGUACCACGGAGUUGACUAAAUCCUUUGGAUGGGACUCAUUAGAAGCCUUUAAUCAACACGAUGUUCAGGAAUUUAACCGUGUGCUGCAGGAUAAUUUGGAAUCCAAGAUGAAGAACACUCCUGCAGAUGGAGCCAUCAACAAACUCUUCCUUGGAAAAAUGAAGAGUUAUAUUAAAUGCAUCAAUGUGGAUUACGAAUCAUCUCGCGUGGAGGAUUACUAUGAUAUACAGCUGAACGUCAAAGGUUGCAACAACCUGGAAGAAUCUUUCAAAGAAUAUAUCACUGAAGAAACUCUAGAAGGCGACAACAAGUACAUGGCCGAAGGCUUUGGCUUACAGGAUGCUAAAAAAGGCGUCAUAUUUGAAAGUUUCCCUCCAGUGCUACAUUUACAGUUAAAGCGUUUUGAAUUUGACAUGAUGCGUGAAACAACUGUCAAGAUCAACGAUCGACACGAAUUUCCACUAGAAAUCGAUUUGGAACCAUAUCUAUCUGCCUCAGCUGACAAGUCGAAACCACACAAAUAUAUUUUACAAGGAGUAUUGGUCCAUAGCGGUGAUCUGAGUGGUGGCCACUAUUUUGCGUUUGUAAAGCCUACUAGAGAUGCUACAUGGCUUAAGUUUGAUGAUGACAGAGUCACUCCAGCUACCUUGAAGGAAGUUUUGGAGGAAAAUUAUGGUGGAGAACCACAAGGCGUCAAUGCUCUGAACACUCGCCCUAACAUUCGCACCAUUAAGCGUUUUACAAACGCUUAUAUGCUUGUUUACCUACGCGAAUGCAUGAUGGAUGAAAUCUUGAACGAUGUUACCACAGCAGAUAUCCCGCCACAUCUCAAGCGACGACUUGAUGAAGAGAGACUGGUGAUGGAACAGAAACGUAAAGAGCGCUCAGAAAUGCAUCUUUAUAUGAAAACAUAUAUCAUAACCGAUGAAACAUUUGCAAAGUAUCAAGGUUUUGACCUUGCAAGUUUUGAUGAGAAGGCAGGAGAGACUCCAGCAUACUUAUCGUACCGCACUAAGAAGGAUGAUACAUUGGAGUCAUUCAAAAAUGCACUUUGCGAAAAUUUGGGUGUUCCUGCAGAUCACAUAAGACUUUGGAUUCUAGUCAACAGGCAAAAUCGCACUGUCCGGCCUGAUGCACCUAUUCUUGAUGCUGACUAUCAAUUAACAAUGGAACAGCUAAGAGAGAAGAGCCAACCUAGCCAAGCUAAUCUUCGAUUAUACCUUGAGGUUGCUACUCGCUUUGAAAAUGAUCAACCAGUAUUCCCAGGACCUCCAGGUCCUCGUUCAACAUCCAUCCUCAUCUUCCUCAAGAUGUUUGAUGUCGAUACACAAUCCAUUCAUGGACUGGGACAUUUGUACGUCGAAAAGAACGGCAAAGUGGGUGAUAUAAUUCCAACUAUUAAUAGCAUGGCAGGGUUCGAAAAGGAAACGCCUUUGCUAUUGUUCGAGGAAAUUAAGCCGACUAUGAUCGACCGUAUGGACACUCGGCAAACAUUUGUACGAGCUGAAAUACAAGAUGGUGAUAUUAUCUGUAUUCAGAAGAGCAUCUCAGAUGAAAAAGCUCAAGCAGUUCGAUCGCAGCAUCAAUUUCCGACUGUACCAGAUUUUUUGGACUAUCUCCUCAAACGAGUCACAGUUCAGUUCAAGCCGAGGUACGGCACUGGAACAGGUGGUCAAUUUGACCUGACCUUGAGUCGAAGCAUGCUGUACGACGUAGUUGCCUCCAAAGUCGGAGAAAAACUGAAUGCUGCACCUCAAAACAUUCGUUUCACUGCACCUGGAGUCAGUGGUACACCAAAAACAGUGAUACGCCAUCUUCAAAGCUCUACCCUACUUGAAAUGAUUCAGUCAGCAGUGUACAAUGGCGCAAAUAUCCCAACACUUUUCUAUGAAGUGCUCGACAUUUCUCUGAGCGAGUUAGAGACGAAGAAACAGGUGAAAAUUACCGUGUUGACCCCAACCCUCUCCGACGAGGCAAUGUACGACCUAGUGCUUCCCAAAGAUAAAAAAAUUGCAGAACUGUUGCAAGCGCUAGAGACAAAAGGUGUCAAGUUCGAGUCUGCAACUGGUACAAGAUUACCUCGAAUCUACGAGGCGGUGCAAAACAAAUUUAUCCGUGAGCUGGAUAUGGGCGAUCCAAUCUCCUCAUUGACGGAUUCUGCAUACUGUACACUGUAUGCUGAGGAGGUCCCCGAAGAAGAAACCACCGCAGGUGAAGACGACUUCUACAUUCUUGUCUUCCACUAUCAAAAGGAGACCAACCGCACUCAUAGUGUACCGUUCAAGUUUUUGGUGAAGAAAGACGAGCCUUUCGUAGAGACCAAAAAACGUUUACAAAAGCGAACUGACGAGUUCAAGUUAAGCGAUCACCAGUUUUCAAAGGAUGAACAUCUUGGUCUAGAUCAUGUCGAUAAAACAGGAAAAGCAAGUCGUAUGGCAGGAACAGAAAGAUCAAUUUUUAUUCGAGGAUAGAAGACAAAUUUACCUAUUUUUUUUUUUCUUCUUUUGCCAUUUGAGCUUACUCUUUCCCUUUUUUCUUUUCCCUAUUUUUUUCUCAUAAAAAUAAAAUUGGCCAAAAUUCUUGUCUGACUUUCAGACUUUCAACCACUCAGG